AUGGAGGCGAGGUAUGAUCCAGAGACGAUCGUGGCACCGCCAAACAUGGGUGACGGACAAGACAGUGUCAUAGAUGCCUCUGUGCAAGAUUCUAUGGCCCUUUUAGGGAGAUCUACAUCAUCUACAGAGCAGCCCCUAUCCUUAAAUCAGGAUUGCUCGAAAAUAAGCACAUCAAGCAGCCAAUACGGGUUUCGAUCCCUAGACUUGCGCGAUGAAUCUGGCGCAGAUGUUUGUCGGAAACAAAAUGAAGUUCUCAUCAGAUCAGAAAUGCAGAGACUCUUUUCAGAUGAUUCAUUAUCAUCAUCUAAACGGGACGACUCAUUUUCUUCGUUAUAUGAUUAUAGUCUUACAUCACUUAGCACAGAUACCCAUGACAGCGUAUCAAGCAUGUACCGAGCUGCCACUCCGAUUGAUACACUGGAGCUGCCUCAAGAGCCUAUAUUCCCUGAAGAUCCUGGGCCCUUACUCUAUCAAAAUUCCGCCCAGUAUUAUCGGAACUUAUCCCACGAGACAGAUACGGAUCAGUCACUCACUAUGUCAAUCCCCCAAAAGGACAACUAUUCACAUCCAGGUACACUGAAAACGAUUAAUGGGCUCAUUCCAUUUACAUCAUUAAGUGAGGUAAAUGCUAAAAGCUCAGAGCAGGCGGCGUACAGGAACUCGAGCCCAACAGGAUGGGAUCCUGAUGUAACCGAUAAAGCAAUUGAGGGGUCGUACUCUAAACAACAAAAUACUUCCAGACAAAGUAGUCCUUCAAUAGAACUUUCCAAAACUCUCGGAAAUCAUAUCGAUCCUUCAAUACCGAGUCCCUUACCAAGUGCAUUCAACAAUUCACAUCCAUCAAGUCUGGGCAACUCAAGUAACGUAACCGAAUAUGACUCAACGAACUCAAGCGACUUCGAAGAAGAAAUUAAUGGGAUGGACCAUGGUAUCCUCCAACAGCUUACAUCAUCCAUACUAGACGAGCUAUUAGGUAUCUUCUAUAGGCAACUCAGUCUAUCCAAAGGUCGGCCGAACGAAGCCGCUUCCGGAAACACGACAUCACGCCAUCAAAAUCGCACAGCAACCCCAAAACAGGGCGACUCUCCUAGUAAAGACUCAGGCACUUCAUUACGGGGUAAAAGGAGGCGCAAAGACAGUGACCAGCAUCAAUCAGGGGACGAGGGAGACGAAGACAGAUACCCACACAAGAAGCUUCACCUGGACCGCCCUGUUGAAGUUCAACCUACAUUUUGGGCGUGUCCGUUCUCUAAAUGGAAACCCCUAUCUUAUCGCAAGUGCUGUCAGUAUAUCCUAAAGGAUAUAUCCAGAGUGAAGCAGCACCUUCGUCGAUAUCAUGAGAGACCGCCCUACUGCCCUGUAUGCUGGGAAGUAUUCCGAGAAGAAGACGGGUUCGAAAGUCAUAUUCAAGAUCGUACUUGCUCCCCGCGACCAAAAACAGACCUAGAAGGUAUAACUCCAACUCAACAAAAGCAACUCGAACGUCGCUCCGAUAAGCAACUCUCAAAGCCAGAACAGUGGUACGCAAUUUAUACGAUAUUAUUUCCAGGUCAACCGCAUCCAGACAGUCCGUACUUAGAGAGUGACUUAUCUUCCGAGCUACUGUUAUUACAGAAGUUCAUAGCAACGGAUGGGCUGGAAAUCGUGGAGCGUAAAGCUCGAGAGCAUAUACCGCCAGAUUUAAUGCCCCACGAGGAUGAGGUGCUAGCCUACUCACAGGCCCUGUUUCAGCAAGCAAUACCAGAGAUACUCCAAAGAUACGACGCUUCUAGACCUAUUAACAACGGUCCUGAGAUACUCAAAAGAUCUGGGUUAUCUUCGUUAAGUGGGAACGAUUGCGACUCCGGAUAUGGUACAUUAUCCCAAGUAAGCCAAGAUAGAAGCACCCAGAAUAAGGGACUGGGCACACACAAAGAGCAGGAUCACGGUAUAACGAAUGGGAUCGACCACACUGGUUUCGACUGGACGUCAAUUGAUGAUGUUCAGAUACAGGCCUUAUUAACGAAAAGUCAAGUUACAGCAGAUGCAGCCCAAUGUCAAGAUUUAUCCAUCGUUCAAAUAAGCCUCGAGAGAGGCUCUCAACACUUUACACCUUAUGGAUCUCUGGAUUUACCAUCGAAUUUUACGUUACAUCCCUGUGAUGAACACCAGCUCUUUGGAUUAAAUGAGAGCGAAGCAACAUUAGCUAACGGCCCAUACAAUUGGGAUGCUGCUGUCGGUGCCAUAUUCGACAACAAUGGGACUUCGGCGUCGACAGAUCACAGCUAG